CGGAAGAGCAUGACACCGUGUGUAGCUUAAUUUCUUGAAUCCGAAAGGUUGCUUUAAAGGAUGGUGGCUUGGCCAGAUCACGACAAUGGCGCAGUUGGACGAAUCUACGCAUGGGUUAGCCCACGUUCAUGUUACACACGGUGGUAAGGGUUAAGUUUAUCAUCAGCGAACCGGUUCAGCAGUUUUCACCGUUUCUGAAGGGAGAUCACACUUGUUGGUGUGAGUAAUGUCAAGCGACGCGAUGAAAUGGCGGAAACGUGAAUCAACGUGUUAACUGAACAAAGGUUCCUGAUUACACAAAAGUCGCGUUGUUAAUCUACUUGCAUAUUGUUUAAUUACGGCUUGUCAAUUAAACUACGGAGAUAACAUUUAUAAAGUUACAAUCAUGCCAAGAAACUUGCGGGAUUCCGGGUGGACGGUGGAGGAUGACGACGAGCAUAGUGUGUGUUCGUUCAAACCAGGAAUAGAGGAAGCUUCAACAUUUCCCUCGCUUUCAUUUUCUACGCUACAAGUUGGGGAAUGCAAAGCCUUAGACGGAGAUGAGGAAAUUGACAAAAUUUCCUUCAAUAGAUGGCGUGAGAUCCUCGAAUCGGGUAUGGCAUUAGCAGGAAUAAAGGAAGAGUCGACGAAAGCAAACAUUUUUAAAAUGAAAGCGGGCUCAAAAUUGCUUGACAUCUUGAACAACACAUCUAAUAAAGGCGGGCCUGAUGCACUUACCCAGCCAUAUUCCAGUGCAAUUUAUCGCCUUGAGGAGUAUUUUGGUUCAAGGGAUUAUUUGCUAUUCCAGCGGCAGAAACUUCGAUCGUUGCCGCAGAAUAAGGACGAAUCUGACCUAAAAUAUGUGCGUCGUGUGUCAACUAUUGCCAAACUUUGCGGUUAUGUUCAUGACCAACUUGUCGAGACUGUAGCAGAUGUUUUACAGAACCAUGCCAGAAACCGUAAAGUCCGCGAAGUAGCCCGAAAAGCUGCCCGUAAAGGGAACUCUUUACAAGAGUUAUUGGACCGUGUGCGUACGGUCGAGAUUGAACAACAAGCAGAGGAAAAUUUUAGCAAGAAGUAUCCUACGGAAGAAGCUUCAAAUGUAUUGGCGGUGUCGUAUGGUGUUCCGGGUUCGAGCCGAGGAGAGAUUCGAACAUCAACAUUCGGCUACAGAGGCAGAGGAUAUUUUCCGCGUAGCCGCGGAGGAUAUUCACGCAUGAGUGGACCCGUUUCGUCUUCAUCUAAACCGUGCUGGCGUUGUACGAGCACAGGUCAUCAACCGGAUCACUGUUUUGCCAUUGCGAAGUUUUGCCAUUUGUGCCGAGCUAAAGGGCAUAUUCAAAGAGCAUGUACGUCAUCUCGUGUUAAACGUGAAACCGGUAGAGAUCGAGAUGGUUCGCCCGCUUCUAAAAUUAGGAAAAUUGCAGCAGUUGCGUCCAACGACCAAGAAGAGGAAGCUACAACUCUUCAACUAAUUCCAGCAGUUUAUAAUAUCAACAUGCGUACGAGCAAUUAUUCAAUACCAACUAGCUCAAGUAAGCUAUCGGAGCCAAAUAUUUUCGUCAGCCCAACAAAGGUAUCAAUGUGCGGGUUGGAUUCGUACGUGACGUGAUCAAUUACAUGUACAGUAGCGGGUGUUGAGGUAAAGUUUUUGAUAGAUUCUGGGGCCGAAGUGAAUACUGUCGGUGAUAAUAUUUUUGAUCAAAUAAUGAGAGAUACCAUUUCUCAUCCAAUUUAUGAAUUGAAAAACGGCACGGAUAAACCGUUGAGGGCAUAUGCUACAAGUAAACCUAUUUCAGUUAUCGCUACAUUCCUCGCUGAACUGUUUAUUUCCCCUGAUCGGCCUUCCGCAAUUGAAAAAUUUUAUGUCAUACCAGGAGCAAAACCACUUUUAGGGCGUUCGACUGCGACAAGAUAUAGUGUAUUACAGCUUGGCUUAAGCGUUCCCAUUGUAUCAUUUGAAUAUCAUAGGACAGGACACAAAUUAGAGUCGGGAGAUGUAAAUGCUGUAGGUGUGUUGAAACAUUUUUCAAAAUUCAAUGUACCUCCAGUUAUGCUUUUUUAUGAUAAAAGCUUGCCACCAUCUAGAAAGGUAUAUACAAAUAUUCCCCCCGCAUUCAUAACCGAAGUUGAAAAUCGACUUGAAAACCUUCUAUCAUCUAAUAUAAUUGAAAAGGUGACUAGCGGCAUGGAUAAAACUUUUUGCUCAUCGCUGUUAGUUGUUCCGAAAGGUAAACAAGACAUUCGUUUGGUAGUCGAUUUACGGGGCCCGAACAAAUGUAUUAUGAGGACCCCAUUUAGAAUGCCUACGUUGGAAGAAAUUCUAUCAAAACUUAAUGGAGCUAGUUGGUUCUCUACUAUAGAUUUGACUAAUGCAUUCUACCAUAUUGUGCUAGAUGAAUCAUGCAGACAUUUAACCAAUUUCUUCUCAGGUAACAAUACUUACCGCUUCAUUCGAUUACCCUUUGGAUUAUGCAAUGCUCCUGAUAUCUUUCAAGAAAUACUUCAGACAGUUGUACUUGCAGAUUGCCCCGGAACGGUAAACUAUCUUGAUGAUAUCCUUGUAUUCGGCAAUACGAAGGAAGAACACGACGAUAAUCUUCGCUAUACACUUUCACGUCUACAGAAACACAACGUGUUAUUAAACUCCAGUAAAUGCGUUUUCGGUAAACAAACGGUUAAAUUCUUAGGUUUCUUACUUUCUCACGAUGGGUGACGAGUCGACGAAGACAAGAGAAAAGCCAUUGAUGGGUUUCGACGGCCAGAAACAUUAUCAGAAGUAAAGAGCUUCUUAGGCCUCAUUAAUUUCCUCGAAAGAUUCACUCUUCAUAGAGCAGAGAGAACUAAACAUUUAAGAGCUCUUGCAAAUUCAUCAUCAUUUUAUUGGACUGAAUUAGAAGAAUUUGAGUUCAUUGAUAUAAGGAACGCAGCUAUAAAUUCAAUCGACAAAUUGGGUUAUUUUGAUCACAAGGACAGAACAGAAUUAUUCGUGGAUGCGUCACCAUUCAGUCUCGGAGCAGUUCUUGCCCAAUUCAAUUCUGCAGGUGUACCUCGUGUAAUAGCAUGUAUUUCCAAAUCAUUGACGGUAACAGAACAACGAUACCCUCAUACCCAAAAAGAGACGUUAGCCAUAGUAUGGUCAGUUGAACGGUUCAAAUACUACUUAACGAGCAUUAACUUUACCGUUUGGACCGACUCGGUUGCGAAUAUGUUUAUCUUCGGCGGACAAUAUCGAUCCGGAAAAAGAUCUAUUACUCGUGCCGAAUCGUGGGCUCUGCGGUUACAACCAUUUAACUUUGAAACCCGAUGUGUUCCUGGUGAUCAGAAUAUUGCAGACGUUGUUUCACGAUUGAUUAGCAAUUGUCAAGCGGAUGAACCCUUCGAUGAAAACGAUGAUAAGCACAUAUUAUACACGGUUGAUGCAUUUAACAUGAGUAUGACAUGGUCAGAAAUCCAACUGGCUUCAGAAGAAGACAAGGAGAUAGCUGAAGUGCGUUUGGCAAUUCAAACAGGUCAUUGGCCUCGUCAUCUAAGAAGGUACGAAUGUCUUGAAAAACAAUUGAGAAGUCUUGAUGCUCUAGUUUUCAAAAACAACUUUAUUGUAUUACCUAAAUAUCUCCGGAAAAGGGCAAUCGAAACAUCUCACGAAGGACAUGUUGGAUGUGGAGCUACUAAAAGAAUUUUACGCGAACAUUUCUGGUGGCCCAAUAUGUCUAAAGAGGCCCAAGAAUUCGUCAGUAAUUGUGCUACUUGUCUAGCAAUUUCCAGAAGAAAUCCUCCUGUUCCUUUAUCCAGUCGAGAGCUUCCAGAAGGGCCAUGGGAGAAAUUACAAAUCGAUUUUUUAUCUUUACAAGGAUGUGGUUCGGAACAUUUCUUGGUCUGUGUAGAUACCUACUCUAGAUUCUUACAUGUCGUACAUUUGAAAUCCACUGAUGCCAAGUCAACUAAUAUAGCGCUUUGUAAUAUAUUUAAGCAAUGGGGAUUACCUAGUGUGAUUCAAAGCGAUAAUGGGCCACCAUUCAAAAGCAAAGAAUUCAUAGAGUUUUGGGAACAAAAAGGAGUUAAAAUACAUAAGUCGAUUCCGUUAAGUGCACAAUCUAACGGGGCCGUCGAACGUCAGAACCAGGGAAUAAUAAAGGCAGUUUCAGCGGCGAAAGUAGAAAAAAAGAAUUGGAAUGAAGCGCUUCAGGAAUACGUACAGAUACAUAACACGCGUAAACAUCACUCUAGGUUAAACGCGACUCCAUUUGAGCUUCUUGUUGGAUGGCGUUAUAGAGGGUCGUUUCCUGGUUUGUGGGAGAGAAAAACCGGUGUAGAUAGAAUGGACAUAAGAGAAGACGAUGCACAUGCUAAAUUAAUUAGCAAAAAAUAUGCUGAUGAUAGACGAGGCGCGAAGGAAAGCAGUAUAAACGUAGGAGAUAAAGUGGUAGUAGCUGUACCCCAAAGGACUAAAACUGAUCGAUUAUUCUCUGAAGAGACCUUUACUGUUUUAACAAGAGAAGGAGCAAAGAUUGUUGUUCGUGGUGAAAACGGGAAUCAAUUUGCUAUGAAUAUACAAGAUUUCAAGUUAUACCCCAGUAAUGUAAACAAUCACAAUGAAGCGACAGAUAAUGAUACUCAGGCCCCUAACGCAACAAGUACAUCUGCUGCCUCAUCAAGACCACAGAGAAAUCGUUGUAAACCUGCUUGGUGGGACGACAUGGAGAUGUAUUAGGUGCCACAAUUUCUUUCCUUAUACAUAUUAAUAUUUUUUUUCAAACUCAAUUAAAUAUAAGCAGUGAUAGUUAUUAGUAAAAUUAUUUUAUUACUUAAGAUACAUUUUUGAAUUUAUUGCACUGUUGAGAGUACGGAAGAAGUAGAUUGUAGGGUUUAGGAUAGACAAGGAAGUGAUAGAUAGAGAGAGAUAGGACGAGCGUGAAAGAUCAUUCGAGAUGACAGGAAAUGCGAAUAAACGUCAGUCGUGUUGGAUUAAUCAACGGAA